AUGAAGAUUAACAAGCUCAAAGUGCGGCCGAAGAAGGAGGUGCGAACGGCGGCCUGCGCCGCUGAGUUUGCCACUAUGCUCGCAUGCUGGGCAAGCUACAAUGACCUCUCAAGCCAAGGACAAUGUGCCGAGAGUGCGAGGGCUCUGCAGGCGUGCAUGCGAACCAAGGCGAAGAAGCAAGCGGUCUCAAAGCCAACAAUCAAUUACCACCUCGCUCGCUUCAGCAAGCAAGUGUGA